AUGGGUUUCAUUAACUAUAUCGUCAAUGUCGUUGUGCAGAUUCUACCCUUCAGUGGGAAUAAUGGCGGUCUCCUCAACCAGCAGCCCCUUCCUAUAAACGUACCGUCAUCCGGUGUCAGCUUUAGUCCGCAACUUGGGAACGGUGUCGUCGGCAAUGUCCCUCAGAGGGAAUCUCAAAUAACAUGCCAUUACCCUUCUCUCAAAGGAUGGGAGAUGUGCAACGGCCCUGACUCUAGAAACUGUUGGCUUCGCGAGACUCAUUCCAAGCAACCUGUCUUCAGUGAGUAUGAUAUUACAACAGACUAUGAAGCAAAAUGGCCCCAGGGUGUCACUAGAGAAUACUGGCUCGAGGUAUCUGAAAAAACGAUCAGUCCUGAUGGAACUCCCAAGUUAUCGCAACUGAUAAACGGAACUUAUCCGGGGCCCUUGAUUGAGGCUUGCUGGGGAGAUGAUAUCGUUGUGCAUGUCACAGACAAACUGGUUGAAAACGGAACGACGAUACACUGGCACGGUGUUCGUCAACUCCACACGAAUGAUGCAGAUGGAGUGAACGGUAUCACCCAAUGUCCGAUAGCAGGAAACAGGACAUAUACCUAUAAGUUCAAGGCUACUCAAUAUGGCCACAGCUGGUAUCAUAGUCACUACUCUCUCCAAUACCCUAACGGAGUGGCAGGACCACUUCUGAUUCACGGACCUACCAGUGCAAACUGGGAUGUUGAAUUGGACCCCAUCAUGAUGGCAGACUGGUUCAACGCAAACGCAUUUUCUGCUUUCCACACAGAACUAGGGCCAACCCCUCCGCCAUUGUCGGACGCUGUACUACUAGGAGGAAUCGGGAUACAUUCCGGUUCCAUCUUUACAAGAGUCAUUGAAUCUGGUAAGAAAGUGCUAUUGCACCUUAUUAACGCAAGUACGGACAUGCAUUUUGUCUUUUCUAUCGACGACCAUCCUCUCCAGGUCAUCACAACCGACUUCGUUCCGAUCGAACCGUAUUGGACAAACUCCAUUUCGAUUGGAAUUGACGCAAACCAAACUGCAGGAAGCUAUUGGAUGCGUACAACUCCGGUCUCAAACUGCAGUGGGAACGGAACCAUCCCAGAUGACCGAACAGGGAUCCUUCGUUAUCAGGGGGCUCCUAAUACAAAGCCGACCACUUCCAUUCAGUCAGGUCUUACAUUUGCUUGUCAAGACGAGCCUCCCGAGAAACUGAAGCCUGUUGUCAGGUGGGAGGUUGGGACAAAUCCUGCAAACAAUGUGAUCGACAGCACAUACGAGGUCGGGACUGUUUUCUCUCGAAACGCAACCAGAUGGGCCAUUGGAGAAAAGUCCAUGUGGCUCGACUUUGCCGACCCGACCUUGCUGGACGUCCGCAAUAGGACAUUCAACCCCGACUACGAUGUUGAGAAAUAUGACUUUAAGGACGAGUGGAUAUACAUUAUCAUAACCGCCUCCGGAAACAUCGCUGGCGUCCCUUCGCCUCCGGAUAGAGCGACUGUCAGAUUGGCCCACCCAAUUCACCUCCACGGGCAUGAUUUUGCUGUACUAGGAGCCGGAAAUGGGACUUACAACGAAAAAAGUGAUCCCUUUAACUUCUCGUACCACAACCCUCCACGCCGGGACGUGGCGCUUCUUCCCGCCGAGGGUUGGCUUGCUCUUGCGUUCAAAAGCGAUAAUCCCGGUGUCUGGCUGCUUCACUGCCAUAUCGCCUGGCAUGCCAGUAGCGGAUUGGCUUUCCAGAUCCUGGAGCGUACUGGCGAUAUCCAGAAAGCACUGGGUCCCGAAAGGCUCGAUGCAGUAAAAGAGACUUGUAAGCAAUGGAAGCAAUGGGACGCCACAGAGAGGGUCAAUCAGGAAGACAGCGGAAUUUAAGCAGGCCGGGUUCGAGAUCAAGGACAGUAACUACGACUAUACCUGCACUAUUGGAGGAUUUAAACGAUAUGACUAGAUUGGCGCUGAUUACCUAUAAUUAACUCUCAACUCCUCUUUUACGUUUAUUUUUUGGUUAUCAGUGUAAUCACUGUCUUUACUUACCCUUAUGUCCAGACAAGUUUUCUGAUAUGAUUCUUGUGUUUUGAUGAAAUAACUAGUCACAGAAGUAUUACUUCAUCGGUCUAUCUGCUCUCUCUAAUUUGUUUUGAUAAUUUUUGUAUGAUUAUUCUUUUGUGUGGCCUCCUUUCUGAAAUUCACUAUUUGAUUCUAUAAGAAGUAACUGUAGACGAG